GCCGACAAUGGAUACUCUUGAGCCAUACGAUGAGCAGGCCGAGCACCACGACCAGGAACGGUCUCCGCCGCAAGCUCAGGAGCACGCUAAUGAGCCUGCAAAUCCGGCCGUCGCGCAGUUAAAGAGCAUGUUCCCCGACUUUGACGACGCCGUACUACAGACAGUGCUCGAGUCUGUCUCUGGGGACCAGGAUGCCGCUAUCGACUUGCUUCUUGGGAUGAGCGACCCGUCCUACGUCCCGGCGACACAUCAUCAGAGUACAACAACACACCCAGAACAGCCGUCAUCGCUCGAACUCGAUGAGGCCCUUGCACGGCAGCUUCAGCUAGAGGACGACCGUGCUCAUGCAGAAAGCCAGCAACGCACCAGGGGCCAGAGCUGGUCGCGGCGCCGCAACAGUCAGACGCAGCAGGAUCAGACGCAGCAGGAUCAGGCGCCGCAGGCCCAAGGACAAUCUCCACAGAACUCUGGAGGGGGACCAGAUCUCAACGAGAUCAAGGAAACUUUGAACCAGAUGGCAGAGAGCGGAAAGCGAACCUUCAGCUCCAUCGUCUCCCGUGCAAAGGCUAAGAUCAACGAGUAUCAGCAGUCCCGUCCGAACACCCAGCAGCAACAGCAGCAGGAGCCACAACAUCCCCCGCCGUCCUGGGGCUCUACCCCCACGCAGAAGCAACCGUCGCCCGGCGCCGCGAGCCUCCCGAAUUACUACCACGAGACGCAGCAGCCUGUCGACCGGCACGCCGCGAGCCAGGCGUACGCGCACUACUACACUGUCGCCCCAGGCGACUCCCCCGACCUCGGUGAGGAGGACGGCUGGCAGCAGAUCUCACGGCGCGGGCGCAGGUCGGAGGAGAAGCCUCUCGCGGAGCAACCCAAGGCCGAAAUCAGGGGAUACGACCUCGACUCGUUGGAUCACCUAGCCACCCCGUCAACGAACACGUCCGUCGCAAACAGCCCCAUACCACCCCCAGCUGCUCCUACUGAGCCUGAGCCUGAGCCGACAAUACCCAGAGUGACGACCCCACCAAGCGACAUACUUCGGCCGCCACCGACUCAGAGCGGCAGUCCGCUCAAUCCCGCGAAAUUCGGUCUGCUGCCGAAGCGUCCCGUGUCGUUGCUCACACCGCAAGCAUCAGGUGCUAACGCCAUCGCUCGAGAAGCAAGCGUGAGCGAAGACGACGAGGAUGAACUUGACUACGUGGAAAACCCGUUUGAGGAGCACAAACACUAAGAUGCUGUAUGAUUGGACAUUCGAAUGCGGGACUGUGUAUGCGUAUCGGAUGAAUGUAGCGGUACGUCUGUGUCAUCAACCUAACGAGAAAUUGUACUUCGGACGUCUGAAGUAAUCUACACCUUUGUACAGUAGCACAGUGCUUUCGUCACCAGUUUGCUUUCGACCUUCAUUUUGCAUGGC